UUCCACUGCGCCGAGCCCCCCAGCAUGUCCGCCCGCAAGAAAGUCCUCGGCAUCGGCGCACCCCGCCUCGCGACGGCCGAAUUCGCCGCCCUCAGGGAAAUCGCCGACGUCCACUGGUUCACCCCCGUCGACCACGCGCAGGUCUGCGCCGAGGUCGCGCGCCUCUGCGCCCAGCACGGGCCCUUUGACGCCGCCUACGUCCUCUUCGGCACCGCGAAGUACUCGCCGUUCACCGAGGCCAUGCUAGCGCCUUUGUUCCCGGGCUGUGGGCUGUUCGCGUCGGGCGGUGCGGGAUACGACGAUGUGCCUACGGCGUGGCUGGCGAAGCAGGGCGCGUACGCGGCGAAUACGCCCACGGCGGUGACGAAUGCGACGGCGGAUAUGGCGGUGUUUUUGACGUUGGCGGCGUUGAGGAAUACGACGCAGGCGGAGGUGAACGUACGGUCGGGCAAGUGGCGCGACGGCCUUGAGCUCACGGACGAUCCCGAGGGCAAGACGUUUGGUAUCUUUGGGAUUGGGAAGAUUGGACAAGCAACAGCGAAGAAGGUGCAGGCGCUAGGCAUGGAUGUCAUCUACUCCAGCCGAACGCGUUUGCCUGAGGCGGAAGAGAAAUCAUUAGGCCUGACUUUUGUCUCUGAGGACGAACUACUGGCCCGCUCGGACAUCUUAAGCCUCCACUGCCCGCUCACCUCCGCAACCCGCCGCUGGCUGAACGCAGAGCGUAUAGCCAAGAUGAAAGACGGUGCAUACAUCGUCAACACCGCCCGCGGCGACAUAAUUGACGAGGCCGCCCUCAAAUCCGCCCUCGAGUCCCGGAAGCUCAGCCACGCCGGCUUGGACGUGUUUGUUGGGGAGCCGAAUCCCGACCCGUGGUUCACGAAGUCGCCGUAUGUGACUGUGCAGCCGCAUUUUGGGGCGUUUACGAAGGGAACGAUACACACCGGCGAGCGCCAGGUUUUGGAUAAUGUGCGCACAUUCCUUGAGACGGGAAAGCCGAGAUACCCGGUCAACGAGCCUUUGAAGGCGUAGUGGCCAUAGCUAUGUAUAUGUAUCUCUGUGGUAUCUGGGGUCUAGGAAUGUCGAAUUCUUGGGAACGA